CAUACUGCUCACAUACUGUCAAAAACCUCGUCAAAAACCUCUUCAAAAGUAAAAGUGACUUCCAGGAUCGAAGAAGUUAUUUAUCAGGGGAGUCCAGGUAUAUAUCGGAAUUUGGAAGUAAAAUGGCGGAUGCAUCUGUAAAAUUUGAUGCAGCAAGCGGUCCCGAGAAGAAUGAAGUGAGAGAUGACUCAGAAGCCUCUACAGGAAAUAAAGUGAUUUUGCUUGGUAUGAGUGGAGUUGGAAAGACUUCUCUGUUUUUGCGUAUCAAAGAUGGCCAGUUUAACAGUGAUACAACAAACAUCAGAACAGACCAAGCAAUCAAGAAAACUAUCCAAGUAGGACAAGAAACAGUUGAGAUGACAUUGUAUGAUAGUGAGGCUGGCAUGGAGUACCAUGAGAAAACACUUACCAGAGGCUACUAUCGUAACAGUGAUGUGGCACUCUUAGUAUAUAGUGCUGACAGUAUCGACAGUGUUACAAGGUUGGUAAAUUGUAUAACAAGGGUCAACGAUUAUGCACCAGAGGCUACGAAGAUCGUUAUUAGGAACAAGGUAGACUUGGAGGAUCAGACUGUCAGAGAACAUGAAGUUUCUGCACAGAUUACUGACGUAGGCUAUACUAUUAAAUAUUUCUGUAGCACCUCUGCUCUAAAGCCCAGUGGAAUAGAUGACUUGUUAUUGAAAAUUGGAAAAAUAAUUUUAAAGAAAAUGAGAGAACCCGUACCUGUAGAACCAACAAUUAAUAGGUUUGAUUCCUUCAGAGCAGGUCAAACACAGCCAACAGAUACAGCAAAUAAGUCUACCUGUUGUUAAUCUAUAUUAUUAGUAUAAACUAGAUAGAUAAUAAACAAAUUACACAUGUUAAGAGCCUGGCAUUCUUUUUAUUCACUUGUUUUCAAUACGAUAUUGCUCACUCUCUCCUGGAAUCACUCGUUCGCGAUAUCAUAUGGAAACUUUUGAACAAAAACAAUAUCAAGCUCUUAACAUGUGAUAGUCUCUAUUUUCACAUCUUUCGGCUUUUUGAUAUCAAGUCAUGUAACGGCACACAUAUACUUGAUUAAUUAUAACUAGAUGCAAAUGUGGCCAAGCUACAUGUAGGUAGUGCUAGCUAGUAAAUCAAGACCUGUAUUCAUUUGAGUUCAGUGUUUUGCCACUGCGGUAAUGGACCACGCAUUUCGUAUUUUUAAAACAAUUUUUCGCAUUCAAUUUUUUUAUCAAAUGUGACCGAAAUACCACAAAACAUUUUAAAAAGUUCCGUACAAACAGUUAAGAAUGUAAAAAAAUAGGGUGUAGGUGCACUUUAAGUAUGUGGUUUCAACGGUUGUCUCAUCUAUUGCCGGUUUUCACAUGACGUCAUCAAAACAUGAAAAUCUAAACUAUAGAUCGUAUAAAGGCAUUUCUCAAGUAUGUUUUAGAAGUCAGUGUCAUAAGUCACAAGAAAAAUUCUCGAGUCAUUUCGAUAUUUGAUUUACGAGUUAUGAAGGUUGAGUUUGUAUCACGCAAUACUGUCACGUCUCUGUCUAAAUAGAGAUGAAAAUAUUAAAAUAAUUUACUCUAGUUGAAAGAUUUUCCCUUAGACACGUUUAAAAUAUCUAUUUAAAGUAUAUUUAAUUGAAAUAUAGUCAAAAUUAUUAAAUAUUCAAUCAUUUUAAGACUUUGGAUUUUCAUCCGCCAUGAUGGUGUACCAACUUGGAACAACAAGAUGGCUGCUCCAUACAUUUUAACCAAAAAUUGUGUCAUAUUUACUCGCCUAUAGUUCAGCAAGGGAAUGCUUUACAGCCUUAAAAUUUGGCCAGUAUAUGUAGUUUUGACCGCUUUACAAGAUUAUAGAACUUCUAUUUCAUUAUAAUGCAAAUUUAUGCUUUUGAAAUUCAUCAUGACGUAGGUGAAAACCAAGAAUAAUUAUAUGCGUGUUAAUACUCAAGGGAAUGAUUGACACAUGAUCUGAAAUGUGUAGUUCCAAAAACUACCCAUACCCCACCCACAUAGGAAAUUGGAAAUUCUGGAGGGGAGGGGGGUCAGAGAAAGAACAAAAUUACAGAGUUUGUAUUAAAGAAAAUUGGAGCUCCUGGGGGUAGGGGGUUCCUUUUACAAAUUCCCUCCGUGGUGGAGGUAUGGAAAAUUUUUGGAACUAUGUACUGUACACAAUAGAAUAUCUAUGAAUAUAACUAGAUCUAUAUUAUUAUGUUAAUAUACCUUAUUCAUUUUGGUGCAAUGUUUUCCCUAUACAGACAACUUGCUAUUCCCUUCAGAAUAAGAUUCUGUUUGUGUUGUAUCUAAAGUUUAUUCCUCUACAAUAGACCUAUCCCGAAUUCGCUUGACUGGUCACAAAACAACAGUUUCAAGUCAAGGUUGAACUUGAUGAAUAAGAGAAUCAUUGCCCCGUGGUCAGUCAAACUUUACAUACAACACAAACAGAAUCUUAAUGCAAUUAUGAGCUCUUUUAUAAUGAAGCAAUGAUUGCAAGGAUGGAGAGAGCUGCUGGGUUAAGAGUAAAGCUAUAAAUUAACUGAAGGAAGCAUAUCGCCAGAAAUAUGUUUCAAUUUUUUUAAUAGCGCACUAAUGUUAUUUGGUACUACAUGGUGCUAUUUAUAGUGUUUGCAGUCAAUAUCACCAAUAUAAUAUUUUUGAGUACUUAAGAACAGAACUUAUCCCCACUUAAUGUUUUCAUGCAGGUGUCAUUUUAUAUUCCUUUGAACUUUCAGAUAUUGUAUUAAGACAGGCAACAAAAUUUCACAACUUGUAACGUAAGUUGUAGCCUGCGUCACAUCCGAAUUUUCUUUGUAAACAUUUUCUUCGUUAAACAUUCCGGGUGUGACGCAGGCCAUGUAAGUUGGUACAAAAUUUCACAACUUGUCAUGUAAGUUGUAGCCUGCGUCACAUCUGGAAUUUCAUUCUCUUUGUAAAUACCGAUGAUUUUAUUUAUCUGAUUUACAUGACUUGAGAAAGAAUUCAGUUUCCCAGUUGUGGCUGCCAUAUUUUUACACAAGUGAAUAUAAUAAAUCCGGCGUGCUCAUUGGUCACAAUUUACGUCUUAUGCCACUAUAUAUUCACCUACAUGUACAGGUGAAACAAACACGGGGAUGCACACACUCAUUUGCCGAUUUGUGCCACUUGCAGAGAUAAACAGAAUUUGAAAAAAAACUUCUCUAUCUCCGUCAUUUAUUAAAUUUACUCAUGUUAGCUGUAAUGUAAUAAAAAAGUCAGAGACAAACAUUUCAAGUUUAAUUAUGUAUCCUGAAUUCAAUUAAUAGAGUAUUAAUAAUUGUUUUAAUUUUUAGGCCUCAACAUUUUAUGGUUUGAUUAAUAAUGUAUAUGAUACACAAUAGAAAUUAAACAGCUGUAA